ACUGAUAGAGCGCGGAAGCGCAAACGCAGCUAAAGUUACCAGCUGCUAAAAAUUACUGCUGCUAAUGCAACACUUGCUGUUAUUAGGUCGAAUUGAAGGGUUAAUGACAUCUCGACUGGCCGUGUAUUACUAAAUAUGCAGGUAUUUACAGACAACACGGAGUUUACGGAUAUCCGCAUGAUUCAAAAAGUUGUGGGUAUGUUUGAGAGCAAUCCUCAAAUGCAAAGGAUAAUCAAAUGUGGCCUUCUUGGUAUUGAAUAUAAUGAUGAACUAGAUGUGGAUGAUUAUAACAGUUGGACGCAUGGUCAUAAUAGUUUUCAUGGAUAUUCAGCUAAUGAUGGAGGAUUAAGUGGGAAACGCAUGACAUCAUCCAGCUCUGGAUAUCAGCCUCCGCUGCAUUACUAUACUUCACUUCGUGUCUCUCCAUACUUGACUUCUGAAAAAGUUCAGGCAAAAGAGAGUGAUACUGAAAGAAAAGCCAGAUUAUUACAAGAAGCUAAAAAAAGCAAAGAAAAGGCUGAGAAGAAGCGGCUUAAAAAACAGAAACAGAAGCAAAGGAAACAAAUGGAGAAGGAAAAACAAAAUCCUGUAAAAAAUAAAGAGGGCAAAGAUGAUGCAGAACAAUCUAAACCAGAGGAAAGUAAACCAGUUGAUGAUCAGAAGAAGGAUAGCACCUACUCCAGUGGGAAACUGGGGGCUGCAGCUAAAGAUACAGACAGUGACAGUAGUGAACAGGAAUCUGGUGAUGAAGAUGACACCAGGAAUGAUUCUAGUGACUCAGAGGAACUGGACAUGACAAGUACUUUUGUGAGCAAAGCUGCUCUAAUAGCAAAGCGUAAACUGGAGCAGAAGACCAGAGCGGAAAAAAAGGAGAAAAAGAAAAUCCCAGAGAAAGAGCAGCAUAAAAGUUUUCAUGAUCAAACCAGUGAGGACCAGGAGGUUGCAAAGGAGGCUCAGAAGGAUUCUGUUGCCUCCAGUAGCUCCUCCAUUGAAGAUAAUGUAAAAAUAAGUACUGAUCUUGCAAUUCUAGGAAAUAAGUUUGCCAGUGUGGGAGACUAUAAUAUGGCUGUGAAAUAUUUCACAGAUGCAAUUAAGUACAACCCUACAGAGUUUAAGCUGUUUGGCAAUCGUUCUUUCUGUUUUGAAAAGUUGCACGAAUAUGACAAGGCGCUGACUGAUGCAGAAUUAUCUCUUGGCAUAUGUCCAGGCUGGGUUAAAGGCCUGUUUAGAAAAGGUAGAGCUCUGGCAGGUCUAAAGAGAUAUGAAGAUGCUGCCCAGGCUUUCAGGGACGUCCUUAAACUAGACAGUUCAUAUGCCGAAGCUGCCCAGGAGCUAAUGCGGGUGCAGAUAAUACAACUAAUGGAGUUUGGCUUCACAAGGGAGCAAAGCUCAAAUGCUUUAAUAAUUCACGGAACUGUAAAUAAGGCCUUACAGGUGCUGUCCAAAUUAAACUACCGGCCAGGAGCGGUUGUAAAUGGCAGUCUCCCAGCAGCUCAAGUAGCGAAUGUCACCGGAGUGUCUCCAGUCCUCUCAGCCAAUACAAGCUCUGCACUUAUUGGUCCAGCUCAGUCCCACAGUGCCCCCCAAAAACCACUUCUGAGCAAACCUUUAGGCCCAGCCCUUAAUAUACCGAAUGUCCAGAGUCAGUCAAAGCCCAUUCAUAACCAGUUUUUGAAGAACAACAAUGGCAAUAACCAACAACCACCGGCUCUGUUUCCGGUUUGGGUGGGAAACUUGAUUUACCCAGUAACUGAUGCCACAAUUACCAACCUGUUUAGCAAGGCCGGGGCCGUCUAUAGCGUGAAGGUUCUGCAGUACAAACGUUGUGCCUUUGUAAACUUUACAAAACAGGAGCAUUGUGAUGAAGCAAUCCGACGUUUUCAUGGAUAUGAGCUGAAUGGCAACACAAUUGUUGUGAGAUACCCAGACAGGAUUCCUCCGGGUAUGGGUAUUUCUAAGUCUGCCCUCAAAGCUGAUGACCUGCAGGAUGAGAACCAGAGGCAACAUGUGGAUGGGAGGAAUGCAGCUGGAAGCCGAAGGCCUUUUCGUCCUUUCAAACCAGUGCCAGAACCGAGAGGAAACCACUGACUGGAGAUAAGCUGCCUCAGUCCGCCUCUUGUCUUCAAUAAACACAGUAUCACUUCAUAAGCAGUUCAAUCCAACUAUAUCUACUGACUUCUGAGACUUUGCCUCCAAAAUUAGUAUCUAUACUGAUACGUGAUCACAGAAUCAAUUUAUCAAGUAUUUACGUAGUAAUCAGAAAAUGUUGAUCCAAACACGUGAUUGCUUUUUUUCUUUUUUGAAGUUAUAACCUAAGGUUAGUGAGUGCUGAUGGUUCAGGGUGGCAAAAGCUUCAAGGAUGUUUGUGGCUUGAUAGAAGCACAUGAAGGCCAUCAUUCUGUUUUAAAAGGGUUUUUAAUUUUUUUUUUAAACAAGGUUUUUGCCAGCUGUGUAUUCACCUCAUGUAAGAGACUUUUCUUAUAUUAUGGUAUUAAACUGUAUCACCUGUUGUCAGUGUUAGAUCAAUUAAACAUUUUUACAGUGAAGACUCCCCUUAUCCACAUAUAUGUAACUGAAGCAAAGUUGUGCAACUGCCUCACAUUUAUGCCCGACGACUCAGUUAUCUAUUCAUUGUUGAUUCAGAAUUCUUUGACUCCAAAAAACAAGUUGAACUUUUUUACUUUCUACUCACUUCUUCACAGCCUGUCUUAAAGCAAGCAUUACGUUGUAAUUACCGUUUAAUUGCCCCGGUUCAUUUGCAGCUAAACAAAUUGCUGCAUUUAUUGAUUAAUUAUAAAGGUGGUACAGGUUUUACAUGGAUGCCCUCAUUAACCAUGCCAUUUGUUCUAUAACCAUGCCAUUAAAGAUACUUUAAUA